AUGCUGAGUUUCGGUACACGAAAGAAGUACUGGGAGACGUGGACCGAGUAUGACCUAUUGGAGGAGGAAUCGUUCGCACUCUUAGAGUCGAUUCUUGACGACGAAAAUGGCGAAAUAUCCGCUAGGAGUGGCGCCGACACGAUUGAUCUCGAUAAACAAUACGAGGGGCUGGAGGAGGAGGAGGCUUUUGCUCUGCUUGAGUCGAUGCAUGACGAGGACGAUUGCAGUAUGUACGGACAAUUUCACACCGAGCAGCAAGAGCGAGAGAAGGCAACAUUCGAACUGCUCGAGCAAUUUCACGAAGACGAUGAACAUCCAGUUGAUCAAGAUAUCCUUAAUAUGGAGCACCAAACACAAGGCAUCGACCCACUGGAGAUGAAAAGGCUGGAGGACGCAGCAUUCGCACUCCUUGAAACAAUUCUUGACGACGAUGAACCGAUCGAUGAAGACAUCCUUUUUCAACCUCACAAAUUGCGUCAGCAUCAAUAUCUCGAUUCGCUAGAGGAAGACUAUGAGUUUAUCGACUGCAUCGUCCAAGACAGCUACGAGCUGAAUAGGAUUGAAUUUAUGUUUCGAAGUAUUAGGCUCAACUAAGUACAUGCAAGCUCGAACAGAGAACUAGUACUACAGUACAGUUCACCCAGUGCGGUGGCAGUUCAAAAGAGAAAUUAUGGCCAGCUCGUGUUGGUUAUUAUGAGGAGGAACACGACGAUUUUCAUAAUAAAAAAAUGUCAACGGUUUCCCGC